AUGGGGGGCAAUCGCCUCAUGCCAAUCAACGCCUCGCUCAAGCCACUUAGCGAUCGAGCGGCCUUUUGCUGCUCUUGCCGGUAUAACCCGAAUACCGCGCCCUCACAUCACACGAAGAAUCGUCAACUACGCAACACCCCCACCCUCCUCACCACUACCCCCACCUCCUCCCUAGGCGCCCACAAAGCCUCGCCUAGCAUGGGCCUGAACGAGGAUUUCGACGACCGACAGAUUCACCUCGAGGCUGAGAAAGAAGAAUACACGCCAUAUGAGUAUCAGACCGAGAACAAUGGGUCUUGGGCUGGUGCCCUGCCCGUGAAGCAGGGUCUUUACGACCCCUCGUUUGAGAAAGAUGCUUGCGGUGUCGGCUUCGCCUGCCACAUGAAGGGCAAGGCCAGCCACAAGAUUGUCAGCGAUGCUCGCAACCUGCUGUGCAACAUGACCCAUCGUGGUGCCGUGGGUUCGGAUGCACGAGACGGUGAUGGCGCCGGCGUCAUGACUUCGAUCCCCCACCGCUUCUUCAUCAAGAACUUUGAAAAGGAGCAAGACAUCAAACUCCCGCCCCAAGGCCAGUACGCCGUGGGUAACUUGUUCUUCAAGCCCGACGCGGAGACCUUUGUUGAGUCAAAGAGGCAGCUGGAAGAUGUUGCCGAGUCGUUGGGCCUUCGAGUCCUGGGAUGGCGCCAGCCCCCCGUCGACUCGACCCUCCUGGGUCCCGCCGCCAAGUCGCGCGAGCCCAUCAUCGCACAACCCUUUGUUGUCCUCGCUUCGGCCUAUGGAACCGGCGUGGUCCCAGAGAACACCGAUCCCGAGAAGUUCGACGAGAGGCACUUUGAGCGCCAGCUGUACGUGUUGCGGAAACGUGCCACGCACACCAUUGGUCUCCAGAACUGGUUCUACAUCUGCUCCCUGUCGAACAAGAACAUUGUCUACAAGGGUCAGCUAUCCCCCGUCCAGGUUUACUCCUACUACCACGAUCUUGUCAACGCCGACUAUGAGGGUCACUUUGCCCUUGUGCACUCGCGUUUCUCUACCAACACAUUCCCAUCGUGGGACCGCGCGCAGCCCCUGCGCUGGGCCGCUCACAAUGGUGAGAUCAACACACUGCGAGGCAACAAGAACUGGAUGCGCGCCCGAGAGGGUGUCAUGAACUCAGACGUCUUCAAGGAGGAGCUUGAGCAGCUGUAUCCUAUUGUUGAGGAUGGCGGCUCUGACUCGGCCGCCUUCGACAACGUGCUCGAGCUGCUCACCAUCAACGGUGUUCUUUCACUGCCUGAGGCUGUCAUGCUCAUGGUUCCCGAGGCGUGGCAAGGCAACGAUGACAUGGAUCCCAAGAAGGCUGCCUUCUACGAGUGGGCUGCCUGCCAGAUGGAGCCUUGGGAUGGCCCAGCUCUGUUCACCUUUGCUGAUGGUCGGUUCUGCGGUGCCAAUCUGGACCGCAAUGGUCUGCGCCCUUGCCGUUUCUACGUCAUGGACGACGACCGCAUCGUUUGCGCUUCCGAAGUUGGAACCAUCCCCAUUGAGCCCGAGCGCGUCAUCCAGAAGGGUCGUCUCCAGCCCGGGCGCAUGUUGCUUGUCGACACGCAAGCUGGUCGAAUGAUUGACGACAAGGAGCUCAAGGAUGCUGUUGCCAGCCGUCACGACUUCCGCACAUGGCUCGAUAACCAGCUGAUUACUAUGCCCAAGGUUCUCGAGAAAAUGUCUAGCUCCAUGGACGUCGCUGCCAAACUCGAUGACAACGUCAUUCAGGAGGACCCUCUCUUGCUGUCUUUCGGUUACACUCACGAGCAGGUCAGCCUGUUGCUCGGCCCCAUGGCCAAUGACGAAAAGGAGGCCCUUGGUUCUAUGGGCAAUGACGGCCCUCUUGCCUGCUUGACCCAGGCUCCCCGUCUCCUCUAUGACUAUUUCCGCCAGCUCUUCGCCCAGGUCACCAACCCUCCCAUCGACCCGAUCCGUGAGUCCAUUGUGAUGUCUCUCGAGUGCUACGUCGGUCCCCAGGGCAACCUGCUCGAGAUGGAUGCAGGUCAGUGUGGUCGUCUGCUGCUGCCCAGCCCCGUCCUCUCCAUUCCCGAGUUCAACUCGAUCAAGAAUAUGGCCUCUGUCUGGCCCGAGUGGACUGUAAAGACGAUUGACCUGACCUUCCCCAAGGUGGAGGGUGUUGAGGGUUACAUCAAGCACCUUGAUCAGAUCUGCAAGGAGGCCGAUGCCGCCAUCGAGGCUCGCGACCGCGUUAUUGUCCUCUCUGACCGUAACACCUCGGCUGACCGAGUCCCUGUUUCCGCCGUCCUGGCUUCCGGUAUGGUGCACCACCACUUGGUUGCCAACAAAUGGCGUUCCAUGGCUGCUCUGGUUGUUGAGACUGCCGAAGCUCGUGAAGUCCACCACAUGUGUGUUCUUCUCGGCUAUGGCGCUGAUGCUGUCAACCCUUACCUCGCUAUGGAGUGCAUUCUGAAGCUGAACCGUGAGGGUCUUGCCAAGAGGCCACUCGACGACGAGUCACUGAUUCGCAACUACAAGCACUCUUGUGACGGCGGUAUCCUCAAGGUCAUGAGCAAGAUGGGUAUCUCCACCCUAGCUUCAUACAAGGGCGCUCAGAUCUUCGAGAUUCUGGGACUCGAUGACGACGUUGUUGAGCGUUGCUUCCGCGGUACCGCGUCUCGCAUCAGGGGCAUGACCUACGAGCUCAUUGCUCAAGAUGCGUUCCGUUUCCACGAGCGUGGUUUCCCUACACGUUCCACUGUCAAUAUCAAGGGCCUUCCCGAGUCUGGCGAGUAUCACUGGCGUGACGGCGGUGAGCCGCACAUCAACGAUCCUACUUCGAUCGCCAAUAUCCAGGAUGCUGUCCGCACUAAGAACGAUAAGUCCUACGAGGCAUACUCGCGUUCUGAGUACGAGCAAAUCAAGUCUUGCACGCUCCGCGGUAUGUUGGACUUCAAGUUUGAGGAUCGGGAGGCCAUUCCCAUUGACCAGGUUGAGCCUUGGACCGAGAUUGUUCGUCGUUUCUGCACGGGUGCCAUGUCCUACGGUUCCAUUUCUAUGGAGUCCCACUCCACUCUUGCCGUUGCCAUGAACCGUCUCGGAGGCAAGUCCAACACCGGUGAAGGUGGUGAGGAUCCUGAGCGCUCUGAGCGCAUGGCCAACGGCGACACGAUGCGCUCUGCUAUUAAGCAAGUUGCAUCUGGUCGUUUUGGUGUCACAGCUGCCUAUCUUGCGGACUCUGAUGAGCUCCAGAUCAAGAUGGCCCAGGGUGCCAAGCCCGGUGAAGGUGGCGAGCUGCCUGGCCACAAGGUCUCCAAGUCCAUUGCUCGCACCCGUCACUCCACGCCCGGUGUUGGUCUGAUUUCGCCCCCUCCUCACCACGACAUCUACUCCAUUGAGGAUCUGAAGCAGCUCAUUUACGAUCUCAAGUGCUCCAGCCCCCGAUCGCGCGUUUCCGUCAAGCUCGUAUCUGAGGUUGGUGUUGGUAUUGUCGCCUCUGGUGUCGCCAAGGCCAAGGCCGACCACAUCCUGAUUGCGGGUCACGACGGUGGUACCGGUGCCUCGCGCUGGACUGGUAUCAAAUACGCCGGUCUCCCAUGGGAGCUGGGUCUUGCCGAGACUCACCAGACUCUGGUUCUCAACGAUCUCCGUGGCCGUGUCGUCGUGCAGACCGAUGGUCAGCUGAAGACAGGCCGUGAUGUCGCCAUUGCUUGUCUGCUUGGUGCUGAGGAAUGGGGUUUCGCUACCGCUCCUCUCAUCGCCAUGGGCUGUGUUUUCAUGAGGAAGUGCCACUUGAACACCUGCCCUGUCGGUAUUGCCACUCAGGACCCUGACCUGCGUAAGAAGUUUGAGGGAACACCCGAGCAUGUCAUCAACUUCUUCUACUACGUUGCCAACGAGCUCCGUGCCAUCAUGGCCCAGCUUGGUUUCCGCACCAUCAACGAGAUGGUUGGUCAUGUCGAGGUCCUCAAGAUGCGCGACGACCUCCGCACCAACAAGACUCAGAACAUUGACCUGUCACUGCUCCUGACGCCUGCUCACAAGCUUCGCCCUGGCGUCGCCACUUUCAAUGUUCGCAAGCAGGAUCACAAGCUCUAUGUCCGCCUGGACAACAAGCUCAUCUCUGAAGCCGAAUUGACCCUCGACAAGGGCCUGCCCUCGCGCAUUGAGUGCGACAUCGUCAACACUGAUCGUGCCAUGGGCACUUCGUUGUCUUACCAGAUUGCGAAGCGCUAUGGCGAGGCUGGUCUGCCAUUGGAUACCGUGCACGUCAAUAUCAAGGGAUCCGCUGGUCAAUCCUUUGGUGCUUUCCUGUCACCUGGUGUGACCCUGGAGCUUGAGGGUGAUGCCAACGAUUACGUCGGCAAGGGUCUCUCAGGUGGUCGCUUGAUCGUCUACCCUCCCCGCUCUGCCGUUUUCAAGGCUGAGGACAACGUCAUUAUCGGCAACGUCUGUCUGUACGGUGCGACAAGCGGUACCUGCUUCUUCCGUGGUGUUGCUGCUGAGCGCUUCGCUGUCCGCAACUCCGGUGCCACAGCUGUCGUUGAAGGUCUCGGUGACCACGGCUGCGAGUACAUGACCGGUGGCCGCAUUCUCUGCUUGGGCAGUACGGGCCGCAAUUUUGCGGCCGGUAUGUCUGGAGGUAUUGCAUACAUCCUAGAUGUCGAUCGCACUUUCCAGGGCAAGCUCAACACGGAGAUGGUGGAGGCCGGACCUCUGGAUGAUCCUGUCGAGAUCGCCUUUGUCCGUGGUCUGAUUGAGGAUCACCACCACUACACUGGUUCCGAGCUUGCUGCCCGUAUCCUUGUCGACUUCAACCGUGCACUGCCACGCUUCGUCAAGGUCCUUCCCGUCGACUACAAGCGCGUCCUCGAGCAGGAGGCUGCCGAGGCUGCCGAGGCUAAGCGUGCCGAAUAUAACCUUCCUGUCGUCUCCGGCGUUCACCAGAAGAAGGAUUCCGAGAAGGCUGCCAAGCUCCAGGAUCUCGAAGAGGCGGUCGGUGACAGCGCUGUCGAGAAGAAGCGCGCCCUUGUCCUCGACAAGACCAAAGGCUUCAAGAUGUACGCUCGUCGUUCCGAGAAAUACCGUGCUGCUGCCACUCGUACCAAGGACUGGGCCGAGCUGAGUUCGCGUCUCAAUGAGGAUGAGCUCAAAUACCAGUCUGCUCGUUGCAUGGACUGCGGUGUUCCGUUCUGUCAGUCCGAAACUGGAUGCCCGAUCUCCAACAUCAUCCCCAAAUGGAACGAAUUAGUGUUCCAGGGCCAGUGGAAAGACGCUCUCAACCGUCUUUUGAUGACCAACAAUUUCCCCGAGUUCACUGGUCGUGUCUGCCCUGCUCCCUGCGAAGGUGCUUGCGUCCUGGGCAUCAACGAGGACCCCGUCGGCAUCAAGUCCAUCGAGUGCGCCAUCAUCGACCGUGGUUUCGAAAUGGGCUGGAUGGUUCCCACUCCUCCCCCGGUACGCACUAGCAAGAACAUUGCCAUCAUUGGUUCUGGUCCUGCUGGUCUUGCCUGCGCCGACCAGCUCAACCGCGCCGGCCACACGGUCACUGUGUACGAGCGGGCCGACCGCCUGGGUGGUCUUUUGAUGUACGGUAUUCCCAACAUGAAACUUGACAAGCGCAUUGUCAAGCGUCGUACCGAUUUUAUGGCUGCCGAGGGCGUGAAGUUCGUCACUGGCGUUGCCAUUGGCGAAGACGGCCAAGAGUCGCUGGCUGACCUCCGUGGCAAGAACGACGCCGUUGUCAUUGCCACGGGUGCCACUGUUGCCCGUGACCUGCCUAUCAAGGGUCGUGAGCUCGAGGGCAUCCACUUUGCCAUGGAGUUCUUGCACAAGAACACCAAGUCUCUCCUCGACUCUGAGCUGGCAGACAACACAUACAUCUCUGCCAAGGACAAGAAUGUUGUUGUCAUUGGCGGUGGUGACACAGGUAACGAUUGUAUCGGUACUUCUGUCCGUCACGGGGCCAAGUCUGUGACCAACUUUGAGCUGCUGCCUCAGCCUCCCCCGGAGCGUGCCAGUGACAACCCCUGGCCCCAGUGGCCUCGCGUUUAUCGUGUGGACUACGGUCACUCUGAAGUGCGCCAACACACCGGCAAGGACCCUCGUGAAUACUGCAUCAUGUCCGAGGAGUUUGUCGACGACGGCAGCGGCAAGGUGAAGGGUAUCAACACCAUCCGCGUCGAGUGGACUCGCUCGCCCACUGGUGGAUGGGACAUGAAGAAGGUCGAGGGCUCGCAAGAAUUCUUCCCUGCCGAACUUGUCUUCCUCUCCAUGGGUUUCCUCGGCCCCGAGGCUCGCGUCUUGGGUGACGAGAUUGAGAAGGAUGCUCGCAAGAACGUGAAGACUGCGCCUGGCAAGUACGCCACAAACAUUGACGGAGUCUUCGCCGCUGGCGACGCCCGCCGUGGCCAGUCGCUGAUUGUCUGGGGUAUCAACGAAGGCCGCAUGGCUGCCCGCGAGGUUGACUUGUAUCUGGAGAAGAGCACCAACCUUCCUGUCACUGGUGGUAUCGUCAAGCGCACCGCGCAGGAGAUUUUCCACCAGGUCGAGGCUCAGGCACAUGCUCAGGCUUUGGCUGCCUAG